UAGUAACUCUCUUUUGAAAUCCCCGUUUACUUGGUUGUUGGAAGACUAACCAGGAGAGCAUGGCGACGCAACCGAGCGAACAACACGGGAACUCGAUUCAUGCAGAAACACCAGCUGAGAAAAAUUACGAUGUUCAUGUAACCGUUGGAUCAGCCCCUUCUCAAUCCAGAGGUGCCCCAGAUAUAUCGAAGAAGGAAGUGGAUGGACCCUGUAACCCACCAUCGUUGCAAGCUGCAUUCAGGGGCGAUUGGGAAUCUGCUAAAAGAUUUUUCGGACAAGAUUCUGCUUCAAACAUAACCCUGACCAUAUAUUUUCCAACCGAGAAAAAAGAUGAUGUCAAAGACAAAACCGUUGGAUCAGCUUCUUCUAAAUCCACAGAUGCCCCAGUGGCAGUGAAUGAACCCUAUUACCGACCAUUGUUGCAAGCCGCAUUCAGGGGCGAUUGGGAAUUUGCUGAAAGAUUUUUCAAACAAAAUUCUGCUUCAAAGAUGGCCAAAAUAACACGCAGAUCAGAAACAGUGCUUCACAUAGCCGCUUUGAGUGCACAAGACCAAUUUGUUGAGAACCUGGUUAAACUCUUGCUUCCAUAUCCGAAAGUGCUUGAAAUGUGUGAUUGGGAUGGCCGUACUGCCCUCCACAAUGCUGUCCUGUGUGGAAGGAUAAGGAUGGUCAAGGCAUUAGUUAGAAGUAAUCCUAAUUUGACGAAAAUUAAAGAUCAUAAAGGACGUGUUCCUUUGGAAAUAUCUGCUCUAGAAGCUUCUAUGCAUAAGGAGAUUGCCUGGUUCUUGGCGGAAAAUACAACGGACAAUGGGCCUACGAUAGACACCAUUAUAGAUCUCACCUACGCUGGUCAUCUAGAUAUCACCCUUUAUCUAGUCAGGCGGUACCCACACUUAAUAAUCGAGAAAAAAGGUGAAGAUGAUAAAAAAGAUGAUAAAAAUAGUGAGGAUGAUGAUGACCAACGUUCUAUACUAGACGCAUUGGCGUCGAGGGAGUCUAACUUUCCCAGCGGAACGAGGCUCAGUUUUAUGGAAACACUGAUAUACAAAUGUAUUCCGGUGGACUUGAACCACAAACCAACAGAUAAAAAUUCGGAUCCAGUGCUUCAAUGUCUUACAAGAUCACUUUGGAAUGCUGCCAAAAUUGUAGUUCCUAUAAUCGAAAGGAUUCACGAGGUGAAGUUGAAACACGUGACGGCAAUCAAGUUGGCAAAACAAGUUUGCAUGGCAAUCUCUCAUUGGAACUCUACCGAGAUCACCGAUUUUUUCCAAGACCUGUUGGUUCAAGCUACAGCUAGGGGAAUAAGUGAAAUCGUGAAGCUAUGCAUUCAGUUUUUCCCGGAGCUUAUUCGAACUUCGCCUGAUGAUGAUAGGUUGACGAUAAGUGCUGUGAAUUUUCGCCAAGAAAGGACUCUCAGACUCUUUUUGAAGGUAAGCUCAAUGAAUAAGUUGUCGUUAGCUCCAGGGCCUACAAAGGAAGAAUCAGACAAGAUGAUGGAGGCAGUAGCAAACUAUGUAGCAGCAGAGUAUUACCCUAGUUUCGAUGCGGUAACUAAUGUGGCCGGAGCAGCAUUUCAAAUGCAAAGAGAAAUCCAAUGGUACAAGGCCGUGGAAAGCUGGAGUAUCCCUGGUAUGGCAUCCGACUAUGACGACGACGACAACAAAACAUAUUGGUAUAAAUUCAUAGGCAACCACAAAGAGUUACGUGAGAGUGGAGAGAAGUGGAUGAAGGACACCGCAGAUAAAUGUAUGCUUGUCUCAACUUUAAUUGCGACAGUAUUGUUUGCUGCUGCAUUCACUGUGCCUGGAGGGAAUGAUGACAAUACUGGAGUCCCAUUGUUGUUAGGACAGGAUUCCCUCCUAGUUUUCGCAAUUUCGGAUGCAUUAGGUUUGUUCUACUCUGUGACGGCCAUCUUGCUCUUCCUAGCCAUCUUAACAUCACGGUUCGAGGCGCAAGAUUUUCUCUACUCGUUGCCUAAGAAGAUCAUAUUGGGCCUCUCUUUCUCUUCCUCUCCUUGGCUUUCAUGUUGGUGGCCUUCGCUGCGACUCUCACGAUUGUGCUCGAUAAGAGACUGGAGUGGAUUCUCAUUCCCAUCACUUUGCUGGCCUCUUUCCCCGUGGCUUUAUUUGUACUACUACAGCUUCCCUUGCUAUACGAAAUGGUUAAAUCCACUUAUGGUCCCAGCAUCUUUCAUCCCGAAGGCAAUUGGGAGUGAGGCAUAAUUAUUGGACAUGAUCACAUGAUUGACAAAUUUGAUUUGAGAGUGUAUGUCUUCAUUAUAUUUGGUUGUUUGUAGUGGGGCCAAUGCGAUACUGAAUGUAUUUCCUCAAAGUAUUUGAAUAAUUACUAUGUAUCAUGUUUCACUACCCUGUUAACAAAGAUCUAUUUAAAAUUUUGGCCUA